CUGUCAGCUUCCUCGGCUGCGCUGAGCUGCGGUUCUAGUAGAUUAAAUUUCACAGGCGAAUGGAUUCUGGAGAGAGAGGAAUCCAUGAACCUCCCGGCUGCGAGUCCCGAUCUCAGGAGCCCCCGCCGGAGGCUGCAGAGCCCGCAGAGCAGGCGUUGGAUUUAAAUCAGGGGCCGGGGGCCCAGGUGGAAAGCUUGUCAGGUCGCCCGGAUGACGGAGAAGCUGGCUCAGAGCGGAGCGCUCCUCCUUGCCACGUGCCACAGGCCAACGGUUUAAAGGAGGUCUCGGAGGAAGUGAGUGCGCGCUCAGCGGACGAGGCUCAGAAAGAGCCGCAGAAUAACCGAGCCGACCCGGCGGAAGGACAUCCGUUUCCCGGCAAACCGCUUGCUGCCGAGCCCCUACAGGUUUUCCACGAUCCCGAGGGAAGCGGGAAAGAAGAUCCAGCGAGAGACGGCAAAAUGACCUUCGAGAAAACGAGCGAACGCGACAAACACCGAGACGGCCUGGAGGAAGCGCUGAAAAAGAAGGAACUGGAGAUCACGUCGAUGAGCAUGAAGCUGGAGGAAGAACGCUCGGUAAACCUGGACUUGCAAAGGAAGAACAAGGAAUUUUUGGUGCAUAUCGAAGAACUGGAAGAAGAGCUGGAGGCAGAAAAAAGCAUCAGAGCCAAGGUGGAAAAGCAGCGAUCGGAGCUCUCCCGGGAGCUGGACGACCUUCACGACAGACUGGAGGAGGUCGACGGAUCAGCUGCCACUCAGGUUGAGAUAAACAGAAAGCAUGAAGCGGAGCUCGCCCGUCUGCGCCAAGAGCUGGAGGAAGCUCGGCUUCAGUCCGAAGCCACCACGUCCGCCCUGAGGAAGAAGCACUCGGCCUCGCUGGUGGAGGCCACCGAGCACCACGAGAACAUGCAGAGGGUGCGCCAGAAACUGGAAAAGGAGAAGCAGAGUCUGAAGACGGAGAUGGAGGAGCUCGCCUCCGCCACGGAGAGCCUGCAGAAAGCAAAGGCCGGCAGCGACGCACAGAUUCGCAAACUGGAAGACUUACUUUGUGACGCAAACUCUAAGACGGAGGAACUUCAGCGCAUAAUCACCGAGCAGAACAUCUGCAAACACCAGCUAACGGUUGAGAACGGCGAUCUGAGCCAUCAGGUAGAUGAGAUGGAGACUCGAGUGUCUCAGCUGAACCGCGCAAAGCUCCUCUUGGUGUCUCAAGCUGAAGAUCUCAGGAAGCAGCUUGAGGAUGAAUUGAAGGCAAAAAGUCUGGCGGCCUCCGCUCUGACGAGCCUCAGGCUGGACUACGACGCCUUGAAGGAGCAGCUGGAAGAGGAGCUGGAGAGUAAAUCCGAGCUUCAGCGGCAAAUCUCCAAGCUGAACAGCGAAGCCGCGCAGUGGCGGACGCGAUACGAGAACGAGGCCGUCCUCCGCACCGAGGAACUGGAAGAAGCCAAGAAAAAACUUACGUCCCGAUUGCAAGAGGCAGAGGAGACGGUGGAGGCGACUCAGGCCAAGUGCUCGAGUUUGGAGAAGACGAAGCAGAGACUCCAAGGAGAGAUGGAAGACAUAUUACUGGAUGUAGAAAAGGCGAACGCCGCUACGUCAGCGCUGGACAAGAAGCAGAGGGCCAUCGAUAAGCAGAUCGCGGAGUGGCGGCAGAAGUUCGAGGACGUUCACGGAGAGCUGGAAGCGGCGCAGAAGGAGUGCAGACUUUACGCCAACGAACUCUACAAGAUCAAAGCGGCGUUCGAAGAGACGCAAGAGCAGCAGGCGUCGCUCAAGAGGGAGAAUAAGGCUCUUCAAGAGGAGAUCGCGGAUCUGUCGGAUCAACUUAGAGACGUUGGGAAAAACGUCCACGAGCUGCACAAGUCGAAGAAAAAGCUGGAGAUGGAGAAGGAAGAAAUGCAGAUUGCGUACGAGGAGGCGGAGGCCGCCCUGGAGGCUGAAGAGAAUAAAGUUCUGAGACUUCAGCUGGAAAUGACCCAACUCAAAGCAGACCUAGACAGACGAGUCCAGGAUAAGGAGGAGGAACUGGAAGCGGCCAGGAAGAAUCACCAGAGAAAUGUCGAGUCUUUACAGGCGACCUUGGACGCCGAGGUGAAAGGUCGGGCAGAAGCCACCAGAGUGAAGAAGAAGCUGGAAAGCGACAUCAACGAGCUGGAAAUACAGUUAGAGAACGCCAACAAGAAUACCGGAGAAGCGGUGAAACUUCUCAAAAAACAGCAACAGCAACUCAAGGAUCUGCAAUCACAGAUGGAGGAAGAGUCGCGGCAGCACGAAGAAGUCCGAGAACAAGGAAACUUAUUGGAGAGACGGAACAGCGUCCUGGCGUCGGAGGUGGAGGAGAUGAGAAGCCUGGUGGAGCUCUCGGAGCGCUCCCACAAGGCGCAGGAGCAGGAACUCACGGAGAUAACAGAGAAGUGCAACGAUUUAAGCAAUCAGCUCCAGAUAGUCUGCUCGAUAAAGAAGAAAUUAGAAGCGGACCUGCAGCAGACGGCCGCUGAAAGCGAAGACUUCCUAAACGAGCUUCGGAAUUCUGAAGAGCGAGUCAAGAAGGCCGUGGCGGAAGCGUCGCGGUUGGCCGAGGAGCUGCGCCAUGAGCAGGAUCACACGCAUCACCUACAGAAGGUGAAGAAGGGGCUGGAAAGUCAGAUCCGGGAUCUCAGCGCCAAGGUGGAAGACGCCGAGCAGAUGCUGCUGAAGGACGGAAGGAAGCAGGUCCAGAAGCUGGAGGCUCGGGUCAAAGAACUGGAGCUGGAGUUGGAUUCCGAACAAAAGAAACACGCGGAGACGACGAAGACGCUGAAGAAAAACGAACGGCGUCUGAAGGAACUCGUUUUCCAGGCCGAGGAGGAUCAGAAGAACCAGCAGCGGACGCAGGAGCUCAUCGAGCGGCUACAAAGCAAGCUGAAGGCUUACAAAAGGAUGGUGGAGGACGCGGAAGAGCAGGCGAACGCGAACCUGAAUAAAUACAAGAAGACGGUCAGCGAGCUCGACGACGCAGAAGAAAGAGCAGACAUGGCAGAAGCUGCGCUUACCAAGAUCCGGACCAAGCACCGCGCCAGCUUCAGGAAAGGCUUCUCCUCGGGCCGAGCCUCCCCCGUCGCCAUCCUUGUUCGGUCGCCCAGCUCCGCAGGGUCCGAGGGCCGCUCGGACCGGCUGGAUGAAGAGACCUCGUCUUUAAUUCCCACCUAUCUGGAUUCCCUGAAGAAGUUCAUGGCUGAUUAACAAUGGUUGGGGACGCGCAGCCUUACGGGGCUGGAACUAGAAAGAAGUUAACAUGGACUCCAGACCCCCGAGAGUGGACGUUCUCUGCGGAUUCUGGAAUAACCGCGUUUACGGGGCAGGAUAAGACCAGAAAACCAGGACUGGGAGUUUCCAGCAGUCUACCGGCGAGGGGGGCAUUCAGGGCACUUAACGACUCGGCCGGGGAACCUUUGGGGUAUUUCCAGGACGUUUUGGUUGCUAAAUUCACACUUGCUAUAGAUUGUAACACUGAAUUAUUUUUGUUCCCACAAUAUAUCUCUUAUAUCGUCACCCGUUCACUUGUAUUAGACUGACUGACUGACGCGCCCUGACCUCCUGCGGUUUUGGGGCAAUUUGGAGAGAUUUGGAGACGCCGCAGGUGACAUUCUAGCAUUUUUGGGUGCCGUGUUCCUGUGAUCCGUAUGAGAUAUGUUUUACAAAGUGCCAUGACUUAGCGUGUCUCCUGGUCACGUGUAUGUAUGUCGGUCAUUAAAAUCUCAUGGUUUCUGUGCAUAUCA